CCCCCGUCCUGCUGCGAAAAAACUUCACGAGCUCUGCAACAAUGGCGGCUAAUGCAGCCACCAGCAAAGCUUCAAACAAUACGGACGACAUAGACACUCUCAAAGCCGACAUAGCUUCAUUCGCUUCUUCGCUUGGCCUCGCAUCUUCAGCACCAUCUUCAGGGUUUAACGAUGUCGAUUUUCGGAAACAAGGUCCUCUCAAGGCAAUCAAACACCAAAAUAAGGCAAAACGAACUCCACAGGAAGGCCCUACCAAAAGACAGAAUCCUAAAUCUCUCAAUCCCAAAGCCAAGGAACAGCCGAAGCGUAAGCCCCCUGUUCUCGCGCUCGACGAUGGCAACGAUAAGCCUCGAAGUUUUGAUAAAUUCAAGAACCUUCCGAAGCUUCCGUUAGUGAAAGCUAGUGUUCUGGGUGCGUGGUAUGUUGAUGCUGCGGAACUGGAAGGGAAAGUUAUGGGAAAUGAGAAGAAGAUGGCAUUGGAAAACUUGGAGGAGUGGAAGAAAGUGGUGGAGAAGAAGAGGCAGCUUGGGGAGAGAUUAAUGGCGCAAUAUGCACAGGAUUAUGAGGCUUCCAGAGGCAAGAGUGGAGAUAUUAGGAUGUUGGUCACCACACAAAGGUCGGGUACUGCUGCUGAUAAGGUUUCGGCAUUUUCAGUAAUGGUGGGGGAUAAUCCAGUUGCCAAUUUGAGGUCUCUUGAUGCAUUGUUAGGGAUGGUCACGUCAAAAGUUGGGAAGCGCCAUGCAUUGACGGGUUUUGAAGCGUUGAUGGAACUCUUUAUCUCAAGUUUGUUGCCUGAUCGAAAACUGAAGAAUUUACUACAACGGCCAUUAAAUCAUCUUCCUGAUACAAAGGAUGGCAACUCUCUAUUGCUGUUUUGGUAUUGGGAGGAAUGUCUGAAGCAAAGGUAUGAGAGAUUUGUUAUUGCACUUGAGGAAGCAUCGAGAGAUGACCUACCAGCACUAAAAAACAAGGCAUUGAAGACCAUUUAUGUGCUGCUUAAGAGUAAAUCUGAACAAGAGCGCAGGUUACUGUCAGCACUAGUUAACAAAUUGGGUGACCCUGAAAAUAAGACGGCUUCUAGUGCUGAUUAUCAUUUAUCAAAUCUUUUGUCUGACCAUCCAAACAUGAAGGCCGUGGUUAUUGACGAGGUGGACACUUUCCUUUUUCGACCUCAUUUGGGAUUACGAGCAAAGUAUCAUGCUGUAAAUUUCUUGAGCCAAAUGCGCCUUAGCCAGAAAGGAGAUGGACCGCAAGUGGCCAAACGUCUGAUAGAUGUGUACUUUGCAUUGUUCAAGGUAUUGGUUGCUUCUGAAGAUCAAAAGAAGCAAAAAAGUGGCGAAGAAGACAAGAAAAAAGCUUCAAGGUCUUCAAAAGACGUACAAGCAAAAAAUCCUUUAGAAUCUCAUGUCGAAAUGGAUUCUAGGAUUUUGUCUGCUCUUCUAACAGGAGUAAAUAGAGCGUUUCCCUUCGUCUUGAGCAAGGAAGCCGAUGACAUCAUUGAGGUCCAAUCGCCAAUGCUUUUCCAGCUAGUUCAUUCAAAGAAUUUCAAUGUAGCAGUUCAAGGAUUUAUGCUUCUUGAUAAAGUAUCAUCCAAGAAUCAGAUUGUCAGUGAUCGCUUCUACCGUGCCUUGUACUCGAAAUUAUUACUUCCAGCUGCCAUGAACUCUUCUAAGGCUGAAAUGUUUAUUGGACUUCUUCUGAGAGCAAUGAAGAAUGAUGUGAACUUGAAGCGUGUGGCUGCUUAUGCGAAGCGUAUCUUGCAGGUUGCUCUUCAACAACCACCUCAAUAUGCAUGUGGAUGCCUAUUUCUCCUUUCGGAAGCUCUUAAAGCUAGGCCUUCUUUAUGGAAUAUGGUUCUCCAGAAUGAGUCAGUUGAUGAUGAACUUGAACAUUUUGAAGAUGUAGUUGAAGAAGAAAAUAUAAAGGAAACAAGCACCGAACUAAAAGAACAUAAAGACGAUGUCGAGCUUGUUCGUGGCAGUGAUGCUGCUUCCUCCGAAAGUGAUUCUUCUGACGAAGAGGAUGAGUCACCAGUCUCUCAUUCUGAAGACGAAAUGUCAGAUGAUGAUGGGGAUUUGCUCAUGAGAGAUGAUUCUAAAGACACUGCUGAACCUGCCAUAAAAAAACCUGGUGAAAACAAGCCACAGUCUCACACACCUUGUAAGGGGCUGUCACUUCCUGGAGGAUACAAUCCACGGCACAGGGAGCCAUCUUACUGUAAUGCAGAUCAUGCAAGCUGGUGGGAGCUUGUAGUUUUAGCUUCUCAUGUGCACCCUUCCGUCGCUACCAUGGCUCAAACGCUUCUUUCCGGUGCUAAUAUUGUCUACAACGGGAACCCACUGAACGACUUAUCACUUACAGCUUUCUUGGACAAGUUCAUGGAGAAGAAACCAAAAGCAAGCACAUGGCAUGGUGGCUCCCAAAUAGAACCAGCCAAGAAGUUGGACAUGAACAACCAUUUAAUUGGACCAGAAAUCUUGUCAUUGGCUGAAGAAGAUGUGCCACCAGAAGAUCUUGUGUUCCACAAGUUCUAUACGUUCAAAAUGAACUCCUCAAAGAAACCGAAGAAGAAAAAGAAGAAAGGAGCAGAUGAGGAGGCUGCAGAAGAUUUGGUUGGUGAGGCUGACUACAAUGAUGAUGCCUCCGAAGAUCUGUCCGAUGUUGACAUGGUUGGUGGGGAUGAGAGUGAUAACGAAGAGAUCGAGAACUUGUUGGACUCUGCCGAUCCUUCUGGUGAAGCAGAUGGUGACUACGACUAUGAUGACUUGGAUCAAGUUGCUGAUGAAGAUGAUGAAGACUUGAUUGGUAAUAUGAGUGAUGAGGAUAUGGAUAUUCACUCCGACAUUGCAGGUGGAGAAGAUUUAGGUUCUAGUGAUGAAAUGCUAAGCGGUGACGACGACGACGUAGGACAGGAUUCUGACGACGAACCCAAAAAGAAGAAGAAAACAAAAGCAUCCCCCUUCGCAAGCCUUGAAGAUUACGAGCACUUAAUUAACGAGGACGGUACUCAUAAAAAGAACUCUACUAAAACGAAGUCGAAGUCAAAAUCAAAUUCGAAAGCAAGGAAGAGGAAGAGAGGCUCUCGCCAGUAGUAGGUAAUUCCUAAUCUUUCUUCAGCACCCACCCCCCAUACAAACACAAAAUGAUAGAAACCAGUAAAAUUCUUUAUAAUCGAUUUUGGCUCAAAUCGACACGAGCCAACAUGGCCAUGUUGGUUGUUUGGCUCUUGAUAUCAGGCUUGCCAAAAUGUUCUCAUUCAGAAUUUUAUUUGUUGUCUCGUAUGAUUCCUAAAUCUCGAUCGAUUUUGUCUCAAUUUCUCUGAAUUUUUUGUUUGUUUCUUUCAAAUUCAUGAAACCCAUAUUACUGAUUGAUUGA